GGAGAAGAGAAUUAACCAGAACUGACAUGAGUGUUUUACAUUUAUUGAGUUCUGUUGAGGCUCAACCUCAGGAGAAAAACGGAUUUUUCUUCUGAGAGGGAUUCAGAACACAGCAAAAACCUGUCUUUGUGACUCUGGGAAUAUAAUACAGCUGAAGCUUUUCCAUCUCUGCUUUAUCCAGCCAUGCCUGGAGCUCAGCCAAAGGCAUGUGAAGACACUCACAAGUGUCUAGUGCCAUAGUUGGGAACUGAGUUCAGACAUUUCUCUCCAUUCUUUUCAGGAUCCUGCCUCAUGUGAAGCUGUGACAGGAUCAAGCCUGCAAACAAGAACAAAAGUCAAACUCUUCAGAUGUUGGAAAAAAAUAUGCAGAAAAGGAACAUUUCUACCACACAAAAUUUCAAAAUGUGGUGGGCACAGGGAUUGGAAAUUAUGAGGAUGUAGAGCAUGAAAGGAAUUUGAAACACCAGAAUGAUGACUAGUCCAGUGGGGAAUGCCUGUGAAUUACCUCUUACUCCUAGGACAAUGAUUGCAGAUGCAGGAUUGCUGAAUCACACAGUAACUCUACAGUCAUUCUAGGAGGUAUGAGGUAUCCUUGGUGGCCAGUGCCUCGUGAAAGCUUAGAAGCUGCAUAAAGCAGGGUUCAAGCGCUCCCUGAGGGCAUGGCUUGUAGUUUUCCACUCAUUAUGGAAUCAAACCUUGAAAGCCAGUGCCCAAGCUGAGCCCACUGCACUGCCCCGCCAGAGAGAAAGAAGAGCUCUGUGCUAGGUCUUAGAUUUCAAGAGCAAGCAAGACAGACAUGGCCCCUUCCUUCCUGGACCUGACAGUUGCUCCUUCUCGUCAUUUCCACCUAUGUAUUGCCUGGAAGCUGGAGACUGGAUCCCAUGGCCAGACCAAAGCCCAAAAGUAGGGAGAGGACUGACUCGCAGCCCUAUAGGACAAGGGGCCAAAGCCAUUAAAUGGGGUCUGUCCAUGAGAGCACUUCUUGUGACUGCGGCCUUCCCCCAGAUGUACCUAAUGCCCAACCAGCUUUGGGAGCUCUUACAAGUUUUCCCAAACAAAGCACAGUAACAUACAAAUGCAACGAAGGCUUUGUAAAAGUUCCUGGCAAGGCAGACUCAGUGGUCUGUCUGAAUAAUAAAUGGUCAGAGGUUGCAGAAUUUUGUAAUCGUAGCUGUGAUGUUCCAACCAGGCUACUUUUUGCAUCUCUCAAAAAGUCUUAUACCAAACAGAAUUAUUUCCCAGAAGGUUCCACUGUAGAAUAUGAUUGCCGUUUGGGCUACAUAAGGGACCAUUCUCUCUCAGGAAAACUAACUUGCCUUCAGAAUUUUACGUGGUCCAAACCUGAUGAAUUUUGUAAAAAAAAAUCAUGUGCUAACCCUAGAGAAAUAAAAAAUGGUCAUGUCAAUAUAACACAUGACCUAUUAUUUGGAUCGUCCAUCCAUUUUUCAUGUAAUACAGGGUACAAAUUAGUUGGUGCAACUUCUAGUUACUGUUCUCUUGCGGGAAGUACUGUUGAGUGGAGUGAUCCGUUUCCAGAAUGCCAAGAAAUUUUAUGUCCAGAACCACCAGAAGUUGACCAUGGAAUGAUUGAAGAGAAACAAAACAGUUAUGCAUAUAGACACUCUGUAACAUAUAAAUGUAUGAAAGGCUUCACCCUGCAUGGAGAGAGCUCUAUCUAUUGUACUGUAAAAGAUGACCAAGGAGAGUGGAGUGGCCCCCCACCUGAAUGCAAAGAAACUUUUCAAAUUUACAAAGUCACACCAGCAGUUCAGAAACCCACCAGAGUACAUGUUCCAGCUACAAAGUUCCCACCAACUCCUCAGAAACCCAGCACUGUAAAUGUUUCAGGUACAGAAGCCCCACCAACUCCUCAGAAACCCACCACUGUAAAUGUUUCAGCUACAGAAGCCCCACCAACUCCUCAGAAACCCACCACUGUAAAUGUUUCAGCUACAGAAGCCCCACCAACUCCUCAGAAACUCAUCAAAAUAAAUUCUUCAGCUACAAAGUCCCCAAUAGUUUCUCAGAAACCUACCACUGUAAAUGUUUCAGCUACAGAAGCCCCACCAACUCCUCAGAAACCCACCACCAUAAAUGUUUCAGCUACAGAAGCCCCACCAACUCCUCAGAAACUCAUCAAAAUAAAUUCUUCAGCUACAAAGUCCCCACUAGUUUCUCAGAAACCCACCACUGUAAAUGUUCCAGCUACAGAAGUCUCAUCAGCUCCUCAGAAACCUUCCACAGCAAAUGAUUCAGCCACAACAGCCCCAAAUUCCCCCAUAUCAAACACUGUCUCUACAGCAGCUCAGAAUCCCAUCAUGGCAAAUGCUUCUGCAUCACAGGCCACACCAACAACCCAAAGAUUCACCAUGGCAAAAUCUUCACUUACACAGAAUCUUAGAGCAACACAAAAGUCCACUGCUCUACAUACCCCAGUGACCAAGAGUCUCCAUGCAACACAAAGAUUGACCUCUGCUCAUGUUACAGCAACAAGGAGUCCAGCUGUUCCCAGGGCAACAACACGUUUUCAUGCAACAAGCCCACCUAAAGGAGGAGGAAGCUCUCCUUCAGUUGCUAGCAUCAUUGCAUCGGGUAAGUGUGGCUCUCUGGCAGUUAACAGAACUUGUCCUCGCUUUCGGACGUGUUAUCUAUGUUCCUGGAAAAUUAUAUUGUCUUUUAAGUGUCUUAGGAAUACUAUUAAAAUACAGUGUUUAUGGGUGCCAAAGAGAAAACAGGUAAAUGCAUUUUAUCGAUGUGUUUUGUACUACCAUCAGGUACUUGGUAUGUUCCUAAGUAUUCCCCACCAUGUUCUUGUUCCAAGGUAA